AGAAGGUCACAUUUGCACUCACGGCAACAGGACAGGAUUCAAAACACUGUCGUCGACCCUGAAACGAGCAACAUGAGUGCCUUUGGCUCUUCUUCUGGCUUUGGGUUUGAUUUUACGGAGAAGAGCAGCGACAGUGUUGGGAAUUUGCGGAGUUUGAUCACACAGAGUCAUCUCGGACUGAUAGAGCUGCAGAGAGAGACGGAACAGGAGAUUAUACGUGUCAAACAGCAGCUGAGGUCAGUGCAGCUACAGCAGAAAAUCUUGUGCUGUGAUACACCAGGUCCAGAGACUCUGCAGACAGAGGCUGAAAAGAGCACAAACACAGAGACUUGUACUUGCUUCUCAGGGAACAAGCGUGAGCUGCCUAGGUGCAUUGUGGGUAAAGCGGCCCACGUUGAGUGCCUACGCUUUCGAGAGCAAGCCCUCGUCGCUCUGCUGAGCAUGCUAGGAGAAGACAUCCAGAGGUACCGACAAGAAAGCACGAGACUGGACCACCUCACCGACAGGCUGACCAACGGCAUGCCAGGGAAGAGUCAGCUGGACACUAGCAUGGGAACAGACACCAAAGACUCUUUGCGUAACUCCGCCCCCGAACUUUCAAACGGACACGUCGAGGGUCGCACCAACAUGGAGGACGAGGAGAAGAACUGGAGAGCCAAUACAAAAACCUCGCUGGUGAAGGGGACCAAUCUGAGGCGCUCAGGAAGCGUGAAAGACCUCAUUCACAAGUUCUCCGUUUCCGACGGCGAUGGGCUGACAUCGCCCAAUGGCAGCCCCACACUUUUGGUCAAAAGAGGUCAUGAUGCGGUUAGAGUUAAAGACGGGAUGGAAAGCGUGAAAGAGCGUGAAAGUCCAGCUCCUGCUGUAAUGAUUACGCCCCCUAUUGGUUCUGGAGACCAAGGCCCUCCGCCUAACGGCCCGGACUUUCAGUUUGACAGAGAAAAGCAGCUGGACAGGCCUCCGUCUGAAGAUGAGCCGGGUACCCCUAAACGCCCCCCAAAUCCAAAAUACCAGUUGUUCCUGGGCACCGAUCGUGUUGGGAAUGGUGCCAGCGGACCGGGUGGACCCCUGGGCGCUGGGGCAAAUGGAACCAUCUCCAAAGCCUCAAUAACCCGCCGUUCAAUGGAGUCCUUGGUGUCUAAAGACUGGGACAGCAAUUCUGACAAGACUGAAAGUCCUCCCAGAGUUUUCAACAGUCCCUACUCCACCGUCUCCAUAGAGUACAACCCUGCGAGCAGAAUGUCUGAAUACAAGAGUCCUGAGUUGAUGUCUCCAGCAACAUCUGAGCUGAAUUUGUUUGGCCUGAACCGCAGCUCGAGCCCUGUGUCCACGCCCACCCUGCAGUCCCCUCGCCCACGCUUCUCUGCCUACGACUCACUCACCAGGAGACGAGAUCAGACUCCUCCGUCUCAGCUGUUAAUGAGGAACAACUUACCCAACAAACGGGAUUACAUCGAAGAACUGACCAAACAGCUGGACACCUGUCAGAGAAGGAACCAGUUCCUGGAGGCCGAAAGCAUCGAGCUGGAAAGGGAGCGCACUCAGAUCCGCUUCGAAAUGAGAGGCUUGUUGGUGAACAACGAGGACCUGCUGCGUAUGAACACUCAGCUGCAGGGGGACCUGAAGAGGAUGAGGGACAGGAUUGUGGAGCUGGAGAGCAACAACAACGUCAUGGUGGAGCGCUUCAGACAGAUGGAGGUGGAACUGAAAGAGGCUCGAGAGGUGAUGGUGGAAGCAAACACUCAGGAAUAUGCCUUCAACUUCCUGCAGCAGUCGCUCAAAAACAAGAUCCAGGACGCUGAGGAAGCCCUGGAGAAGCAGACGCAGCACGCGCAGAUGCUGUCGGAGAAACUGUGGCUGACCGAGAGGAACCUGGAAGAACUGGAGCUGGAGAAAGAGACGAAAGGGAAGAAGGCAGUGGAGCUCGGCACUAACGUACAGAAAUUAGAGACAGAGCUCGCUGAGGCUCUGCAGCAGGCGUCCCAGGCCAACGCUGAGCUGAGCCUGCAGCAGAAGCUGAGGGUGGACGCCCAGCUGAGAGUGGAGGAGCUGGAGGAGAGCAUACUGGAGAAAGACCAGGAGGUGCUCCGCCUCCAGCAGAUCGUCAGCCGCCUACAGGGAGAGGUGUCCGAUAAGCUGCUGGAGAAGGAGCAUUCUCUGGAGGAGGAGAUCCAGCUGAGGGAGAAGGCACAGCUGCAGUGCAAACAGGCUGAGAGGAUGGUGGAGGAUUUACAGAUGGAGCUGCAGACCGUCACACAGAACAGAGAUGACCUGUCCAAACAGGUCAAACAAGCACAGGAAAAGCUGAUUGAUCUGGAAACUGAUCUGGAGGAGAUGCAAGAGAACGAGCAGAGAUGGGCCGGCAAACACAAGAAAGCGCUAGAACAGUGUGAACAGCUGCAGCUGAAACUGAUCCAGGAGAAAGAUCUCAAUGACAAAUUGGAGUGUGAGAAGGUCAUCCUGGAGAGACAGAUCCGAGAGCUGAAUGGUGAGAUUGAGGAGCUGCAGAACAACAGAGUUCAUGAACACGUGAUCACUAAAGCGGAGAGCAGAGCUAAAGAACUGGAGAACGCGCUCAGAGCUGAGGAGAGGAGCAAAGUGGGGCUGAAUAACACCAUCACUAAGCUGGAGAGGAAGAUUAACGAGCUCACAGAACAGCUGGACGAGGAGCACCGGCUCUCCAACGAGCAGAAAGACCUGAUGACUCAGCGGAUGCGCUCUCUGAAGAGGCAGCUGAACGAGGCCGAGGAGCAGGCCGGUCGGCGAGAUAGCCAGUACAGACACACUCAGAGAGAGCUGGCGGAGGAAAGAGAGACCACCGCACGGCUGCAGAAACAGCUGAUGGACCUGCAGCUGCAGAUGAAACGGAAGGGUUCGAUGAUGAUGAGGCAGACGCUGGAAAGCCUCAAACUGGACCUGAGCGGGGACGAGGAGGAUGAUCCUAAACCCGCGGAGACCAGCUCAGCGCAGAACUGAGACAAACACGAACUGUUCAGCCUAGAACUACUGAAUGUACGACAGCCAAAUACAGCUUAAUCCACUUCGACUCGGACAGACUGCGGCAAAUUACAGGACGUACGCCCAAAAUUGAUGGGUGACCCAAUGAGGAACCGAUUCAGACCAAUGGAUGGUACAUAAAGAACACCUACCCAGAACCAGUGAUGAUGCACCACCACCAGUUAUGGCCAAAUCAAACCGACGCAAACACCAAAACAGCGGAGGGGACCACGUUAACCACUAUUACGCGUUGAAAUGUAAUGUUUAAAGGACAAUAUAUGCAUGUAGCAGUCUUUGCAUCUGGGAAGUUAAGACUUGGUUCGUUUGGGGAUUAUCAUUGCUAACAGACUCUUAAAUGUACAGUGUUUUAAGUACAGAGGAUAAGCUUACCUACGGUUUAGCAGGGGGUGAGAGGUGAUAUAUUUCGCUGCCAUAGCCGCAUGCAUGCCGUGCAAUCUUCGAAACAUGCAGCAUUUAGCUUUUAACUGUAAAGAGGAAGGUCUUAUUUAAUUUAACCUGUUCCCUUUCUUCCUUUCCCUUUUCUUUCCUGAUGGUGCAGAUGAUAAUGAGAGUAAUGUACAUAGUUAUUUUGCAAUCAUUGUAAUGAACAGAUUUGUACUUAUUUUAGCACGCUAAGGCACUAAAGCUAAAGUGAGGUGACCAUUUUAUUAAUGGACUUUGGGAUCUUUAGGCUAUUUAUUGUACCGUGGACUAGAGAAUAAACAUGAUAUUAGACAAGAUAUUCGCUCUCAGCUUACGAGAGAUUCAGUCCACAAAGGUGUCAUUUCCAAUGGACUUUGCAUCACACUUAAGCCAAUACGCUAGCUUGACCCCAAAACCUUCAUUUCAUAGUUAGCAACAUUAGCAUUUCUGGGUGUAGGUGCAAAGCUUCCCUGAACUAAGAUGGUAAUCUUAGCCCAAUUGAACUGUUCUUGUUCUUUUCCAUGUGCAUUAAAGGAAUAGUUAAACCAAAAA